GGCGGCGGCCGGGAAGGGGGCGGCGAGUGGCUCGCGCGACACGCGCCGGCCCCGACCCUAUGCAGUGACUCGCGCGGCGCUGGCGCCUCCUGCCCCGCCGGCGGGGACCAAGCUUCCCGAGGCGGGAUGUUCUCCCGAAGAAGCCACGGGGAUGUGAAGAAGUCAACCCAGAAGGUGCUGGACCCCAAGAAAGACGUGUUGACCCGCCUGAAGCACCUGCGGGCGCUGCUGGAUAAUGUGGAUGCAAGUGAACUUAAGCAGUUUUUUGAGAUCAACUAUUCUCAGAUAUACUUCAUCUUCUAUGAAAAUUUUAUAACACUGGAAAAUAGUUUGAAAUUAAAAGGGAAUAAUAAGUCACAAAGAGAGGAGCUGGACUCCAUCCUCUUCCUUUUUGAAAAAAUACUGCAGUUUCUACCUGAACGAAUUUUCUUUCGAUGGCAUUACCAGAGUAUAGGUUCAACUUUAAAGAAGCUUCUACACACUGGAAAUUCUAUUAAGAUAAGAUGUGAAGGAAUCAGGCUGUUUCUUCUGUGGCUUCAAGCACUUCAGACAAACUGUGCAGAAGAGCAGGUGCUGAUUUUCGCUUGCCUCGUGCCUGGUUUCCCAGCGAUUGUGUCCUCCAGAGGGCCCUGUACGCUGGAGAUGCUCAUCAGUCCGAGCCCUAGUGCAGUUGAUGCAAAGAUAUAUCCAGAAGAAAUCACUCCACUCCUGCCAGCCAUAUCAGGGGAAAAGAUUCCUGAGGACCAUACAUGCUUUUUUCUUCAAAUACUGUUGAAAUAUAUGGUUAUUCAGGCUGCAAGUUUGGAGUGGAAGAAUAAGGACAAUCAGGAUACUGGUUUUAGAUUUCUUUUUACAUUGUUUCGAAAGUAUUAUCUUCCUCAUUUAUUUCCAUCGUUUACUAAGUUAACAAACAUCUACAAACCUGUACUUGACAUCCCCCAUUUAAGACCAAAGCCAGUGUACAUUACUACAACUCGAGACAAUGAAAAUAUUUACAGUACAAAAAUUCCAUACAUAGCAGCUCGUGUUGUUUUUAUUAAGUGGAUUGUAACUUUCUUUUUGGAAAAGAAGUAUCUACCUACAACACAAAACACUAAAAAUGGAGUCGAUGUAUUGCCUAAAAUCAUGCAGACUGUUGGUGGUGGUGCAUCGCAAGAGAGGGCGCCGGAGCCGGAGGAUGGUGGGCCCGUAGAGCCUGACAAAAACCAUUCUAACAGCAGCACCUUGUCAGAUCGGAGACUCAGCAACUCUAGCCUUUGUAGCAUUGAAGAAGAGCACCGGACUGUCUAUGAAAUGGUGCAGCGGAUCCUCUUGUCAACGCGAGGCUAUGUCAAUUUUGUGAAUGAAGUAUUUCGCCAGGCAUUUUUGUUGCCUUCCUGUGACAUAGCUGUAACAAGGAAAGUAGUUCAAGUGUAUAGGAAGUGGAUACUCCAAGACAAACCUGUGUUCAUGGAGGAACCAGAUAAAAAAGAAGUUGCCCAAGAAGAUGCUGAAAAAUUAGGAUUUUCAGAGACUGGCAUCAAGGAGACCACGUCUGAAAGUUCUGGUCAUAAGCGAUCUUCCAGUUGGGGGCGAACAUACUCCUUCACCAGUGCUGUGAGCAGAGGGUGUGUGACAGAAGAAGAAAAUAAGAAUGUGAAAGCUGGGGCUCAGGCUAUGCUGCAGGUAUUCUUGACAAACGCUGCAAAUGUCUUUUUGCUGGAACCAUGUGCUGAAGUUCCCACGCUCUUGAAAGAACAAGUUGAUGCUUGUAAAGCUGUUUUGAUUAUUUUUAGGCGCAUGAUAAUGGAGCUUACAAUGAAUAAAAAGACAUGGGAACAGAUGUUGCAAAUACUACUCAGGAUAACAGAAGCUGUCAUGCAGAAGCCAAAGGAUAAACAAAUAAAGGACUUGUUUGCCCAAAGCUUGGCAGGGUUACUGUUUAGGACGCUCAUUGUGGCUUGGAUCCGAGCAAACCUCUGUGUGUACAUUUCUCGAGAGCUCUGGGACGACCUCCUUGGUGUGCUGUCCUCCCUUACAGAAUGGGAGGAACUCAUAAACGAGUGGGCCAACAUCAUGGACUCCUUGACAGCAGUGCUUGCGAGAACAGUUUAUGGAGUUGAGAUGACAAACCUACCUCUGGACAAGUUAAGUGAACAAAAGGAAAAGAAACAACGAGGCAAAGGCUGUGUUCUAGAUUCUCAGAAAGGAACCACUGUGGGAAGAUCCUUUUCUCUCAGCUGGCGAAGCCACCCAGAUGUGACCGAGCCAAUGCGAUUUAGGAGUGCCACCACAUCUGGGGCACCAGGAAUUGAGAAAGCAAGAAAUAUUGUUCGCCAAAAAGCAACCGCUAAGAGAAGCCAGUCUAUCAGCAACUGUGUGCACCUUUCUGAGGCUUUGCCCGCCACUAAAAGCAUCCCGCUCCUCCUACACACCGUGAGCGCUCUCUUACCUGGUCUUUCUUACUCCUCUUGCUCUCACAGGCUGUCAGAAGUGGAAGAAUGUCAGCUCUCAGAAAAUGUACCUGCCGUUGAAUCUGGCCACCUGGUGACAGAGCAGCAGCAGACACUCUUGCGGAGCAGCAGCACACCUGAUGUCACGGAGCCGCUGUGCUCAGAGUCUUCUCAGGGUCAAGUGGUAGAAAAUGCACAGAAUUUGAGUUCUUCAGAGUAUAAGCCUAUUCAAGAGAAUAAAGGACAUGUGAAGAAAGAACAUGAAGGAAUAACAAUCUUAGUUCGAAGAAGCAGCAGCUCUGCUGAAUUGGAUUUAAAAGAUGAUUUGCAGCCGACACAAGGAAAAUAUAGAGAAAGACAGAAGAGUGAAAGUGUCAGCAGUGACACAAUUCUGGGCUAUAACAGUGAGGCAGAGCUGUCCAUGAGCCCAUGGCAGACCUGUGAGGAAGACACAGAACUGAACACUCCUACAGAUGUUGUGGGUGACUCUGAUGCCCGCCACUGGUUACAGCUGGGUCCCACCGAUUCUUCAAACUUAACAGACAGCAGUGAAUGCCUUGCAGAUGACUGUAGCAUAAUCGCUGGAGGGAACCUCACUGGUUGGCACCCAGAAUCCGCUGCUGUGUUGUGGCGAAGAAUCUUGGGAAUCCUCGGAGAUGUGAAUAAUAUCCAGUCACCCAAGGUCCAUGCUAAAGUUUUUGGCUACCUCUAUGAACUCUGGUACAAACUAGCAAAGAUACGGGAUAAUCUAGCAAUAAGCCUGGAUAACCAGUCUUCUCCAUCUCCUCCGGUCUUGAUUCCACCACUCAGAAUGUUUGCAUCAUGGCUAUUUAAGGCGACGACAUUGCCAAAUGAAUAUAAGGAAGGCAAACUACAAGCCUACAAACUGAUCUGUGCCAUGAUGACCAGACGCCAGGAUGUUCUGCCAAACUCGGACUUCUUGGUGCAUUUUUACCUUGUGAUGCACCUGGGAUUAACCAGCGAGGAUCAGGAUAUCUUAAACACCAUUAUAAGGCACUGUCCACCCCGCUUUUUCUCCCUGGGUUUGCCUGGCUUUUCAAUGUUGGUGGGGGACUUCAUCACGGCUGCUGCCAGGGUCCUCGGUACAGACAUGCUGGCGGCACCUCGUUCUGAAGCUCUCACCAUUCUUGGUUCUCUCGUCUGCUUUCCAAAUAUCUACCGGGAGAUCCCUUUGCUGCAGUCAGUGCCGGAAGUUAGUGAGGUCAUUACAGGAACUGAAGAUGUCAAGCAUUACCUCAUAAAUAUUUUACUGAAGAAUGCCACAGAUGAACCAAGUGAAUGUGCAAGAUGCAUUGCCAUUUGCUCCCUCGGAGUCUGGAUAUGUGAAGAACUUGCACAGUGUACAACCCAUCCUCAGCUGAAAGAGGCCAUCAAUGUGAUAGGUGUCACUUUGAAGUUUCCUAACAAAGUCGUGGCUCAGGCAGCGUGUGACGUUCUUCAGCUGCUGGUUUCCUACUGGGAGAAGCUUCAGAUGUUUGAAACCUCUCUGCCUCUGAAAAUUGCAGAAAUCCUUGUGGCCACGAUUGCUUUUCUUUUACCAAGUGCAGAGUACUCGUCAGUGGAAACAGAUAAGAAGUUUAUUGUGUCUUUGCUACUCUGCCUCUUGGACUGGUGCAUGGCGUUGCCGGUGAAUGCCCUUCUCCACCCGGUGUCCACGGCAGUACUGGACGAGCAGCCCUCAUCCAGAGCCCCCUUGCUGGAUUAUAUCUACAGGGUUCUGCACUGCUGUGUUUGUGGCUCAAACACAUAUACCCAACAGAGUCACUACACAUUGACCCUGGCUGACCUUUCAUCCUCAGAUUACGACCCUUUCCUGCUACUGGCAAAUGUGAAGAAUUCUGAGCCAGUCCAGUAUCAUUCAUCAGUAGAACUGGGCAACCUGCUUACUGUUGAAGAGGAGAGGAAGAGACGAAGUUUGGAGCUGAUCCCUCUGACUGCCCGAAUGGUGAUGGCCCACCUGGUGAAUCACCUGGGACACUUCCCCCUCUGUGGGGGCCCUGCUGUGCUGCACAGCCUGGUCAGUGAGAACCAUGACAACAUCCAUGCGGAAGCCUCCGAGCUCUCCUCCGAGGUGUUCAGGAGCCCAAAUCUGCAGCUGUUUGUAUUCAAUGACAGCACCCUCAUCUCCUACCUUCAGAUACCCACAGAAGGACCAGUAGGCGGCUCAUCAGUGGACACCCUCUCUGAUGUGAGAGUAAUUGUGAGGGAUAUCUCAGGGAAGUACUCUUGGGAUGGGAAAGUUUUAUAUGGACCUUUGGAAGUCUGCUUAGCACCCAAUAGCAGAAAUCCUUCAUUUCUGAUUUCGGGCUGGCAUCAUCAAACAUUUGGACCACAGAGAGAGUUUUCUCAAAUUGAGGAGGCAGAUGAUGUCCUCGACAAAUUACUUGAAAACAUUGGCCACACAAGUCCUGAAUGCCUUUUACCAUCACAGCUAAAUCUAAAUGAGCCUUCCCCACCCCCAUGUGGAAUGAACUGUGACCAAGAAAAGGAAAUCAUCGAGGUCAUUUUGCGCCAGAACGCACAAGAAGACAAGUAUGUUCAGAGGAGUAACUCUGAUUCGGCCAGGAGAGUCACCAGCCAAGAGCAACCCUCACCAGUGGAGCCCCGAGGACCCUUUUAUUUCUGCAGGUUGUUGCUUGAUGACUUGGGAAUGAAUUCUUGGGACAGAAGGAAGAAUUUCCAUCUGUUGAAGAAAAAUUCAAAAUUAUUGAGAGAACUAAAAAAUCUAGACUCCCGUCAGUGCCGUGAAACACACAAAAUCGCAGUGUUUUACAUUGCUGAAGGUCAAGAAGACAAGUGUUCGAUCCUCUCCAAUGAAAGAGGAAGCCAAGCAUAUGAAGACUUUGUUGCUGGACUUGGAUGGGAGGUGGAUCUCUCAACACACUGCGGGUUCAUGGGUGGACUUCAGCGCAAUGGCAGCACAGGGCAGACCGCCCCUUACUAUGCUACCUCAACCGUGGAAGUGAUUUUCCACGUUUCCACUCGGAUGCCAUCAGACUCAGAUGAUUCACUCACCAAAAAGCUUCGUCACUUGGGGAAUGAUGAGGUCCACAUCGUCUGGUCCGAACACUCCAGGGACUACCGCAGGGGCAUUAUCCCAACUGCCUUUGGAGACGUUUCAAUCAUUAUUUACCCAAUGAAGAAUCACAUGUUCUUUAUUGCGAUAACGAAGAAACCCGAGGUUCCGUUUUUUGGGCCCCUGUUUGAUGGAGCCAUAGUGAGUGGGAAGCUACUGCCAAGCCUUAUAUGUGCCACGUGCAUCAAUGCCAGCAGGGCCGUGAAGUGCCUCAUCCCACUCUACCAGAGCUUCUAUGAAGAGCGAGCUCUGUAUCUGGAAGCAAUAAUUCAGAACCACCGCGAAGUAAUGACAUUUGAGGAUUUUGCAGCCCAAGUCUUUUCUCCCUCUCCCAGCUACUCCCUCAGUGGAACGGAUUAAAAUACGUAAAGGUCUCAUUGCAAUAUUUGAGCAAGACAGGAGGAGUGAGAUCGUGAGAGGCGCCGAUAAGACGUGGCACGUGCUGGGCCAGCCUUUGACCGCUUGCCUUAAUGGGGCCUCCUGGCCUCAGCGUGAGAAGGGCGGGUUAUCCAGGGGGCUGCUGAAUGGAACAGCUGGGAAGGAAGAGCACACAAAAGCUUGGGGAGCACGGAGGGCAGAGAACCUGAGGGUCUCGAGGUUUAGGACCCAGAGGGCAGUCCAGCCAUGGCAGGUGAGACCCUCGAGAGCCUCUGCUUUCUGCCCUGGUCUGGGAUCCAGGCCCUUCCCUGUGUGCACUGAUGGACAGCAGCCACAUCCAUGGAUUCAGUGCUGGCCAAAAACUCUCCGGGGGUGGCCUGGGCUGUACCGACUCAUGGGCUCACCAGUGGAAGGGAGGCCGGGUGAUUGCUGAUGAAGAUAUGGAGAGUGUCAGUGAGCAAGCUGUCAUUUAUUAACAGUAUCACCCACAGUGGGAUGCGUGGCACAGACACCAGGCACUGUACACGUGGAAGUGGGAUGUUCAGAUCUAGAUUUUUUUGGUUUAUUCGAAACAGCACCAGGCAUGGGCUUGUACCUGCAGGCCAGACGAGCAGCCACGAGCACAGCGCGCUGCCCCUCCAACCCAGCUGCCCUUUCUUUUCCCCUCAGCUAAGCCUUGGCCAGUCCCAUAACUCGCCCAAACCAUGCUCACUCCCGUCAGCUCCCACAGGCAACAGGAUCCCCAAAGCCUGGGUGCACAUGCCGGUCUAGGCAGAGCAGGGAGGGCAGUGCAAUCCCCUCCAGCGAUGGAGACUUCAUGCAAAAGUCUUGACUCGCUGGGACUGCUGGGACCAUGUGAGUCUUCCUGCUCCGGCCACACAAGCGGUGAAGCGGGGCUCAGGUGUCCUUUGAGCAGACCCCCAGCCUCCAGCAGGAGGAAGAGGCCAAGCACAUGGAAUUGUCUUCUUUGUGGCCUGCCUGCUCAUUCCGCAGCUGCUGCCUCCCCGUCAAUCAUGGGGUGCGGUGGGCACAGCGGGAGCCAUCACAGGCUGACACGUGCCCGUGGAAAGUUGGGGACUAGAGGAAUGCAGGGGCACUGCAGUACAGGCUCUGGCUUGAGGGUGUCCCGCGCUUUGCCCCUGGUGGUUGGGGCCGUUGCUUUCAGACACACAGAGGCUGCUGUGCCACAGAGCUCCAUGCAGCUCGCCGGAGUUGGCAUCUCUCUGUUCACCUGCUGCCCCACACAGCUGCAGGAAUGGGAAGCGCACCCCCCCUGCGGCCCUCCUUGCCCCUGGGUGGAUGGGGAGGGGCUAAAUAUUUUCCCUUUACUUAAUAUCCUGUCUUUGAGCAUCGCUUUCUUUUAUUCACUUGCUUUUUUUUUUUUCUGCUUGCUUCUCCAGUUGAUCUGAUUACAAUAGUGGGUGGGUUGGUUCCUAGUUAAUAAUGUGAUUUUAGGCAAUUUGAAGUGAAGGUAUUUCAAAAUGGAGUAUUAUCUGGGAUUAAAUCAGGUUUGUCCCCCCCCCCCGGAUUAAAUGCUAGUGCCCAACACUGGCUACAAGGGGACAGAGAGAUGCCUGUUACCAGUACCAUCUCUGUCGUGGAUGACAGCAUAGCUGUGCUGCCUUCCUCAAAAGCAGCCUGUUUUUAAAGAUGAAAAUAGGAGAGAGGCCCAAGACGUUUCCUCUCUGUGCCCAGCCUCCCUGGGAGCAGAAGGGAGGAAAAAGACCCUGUGAGGGUGUCUUAAAGUGCUGAGUCUCAGGACACACUGGGAAGGUUGUCUCCUCAGAUCCAUGCAUGUUUGCAAGUAUUGGUUUCAGAGGCUUUUCCUAGAAACAAUAAAAUAAGAUCAUAAAAUGAAAAAAGAUGCUGUCUGUGAAUAAGUUACCUUACAUAAAUUAAUUUCAAAUGCCAAUAAUAAUAAAAAUUUCAAAGGCCAAACCCCUGGAAUUGAAGCCUGUUGAAAGGAGUAUAGAAAGCUUGCUUUUGAGGUUUGUUCUGGAAGCCUGGGGUGUAAUACAACAGGAUUUAAAAAUAGAUUUUGAGGGGGAGAAGGGUGAUGAAAUGAUCCUCUCACUCGCAGAACUGCCCAGGGGAGGCCAGACUCCUCCGGCAACAGAGACCGGGUAUUGCAGCAGGCGUUCCUGUGUCCCUCUGAGCACGCUCCCGCACACUGGGGAAGGAGCCGUGCCGUCACGCAGGCUUCAGGUUUAUUCCUUUUCCCUCCAGUGCUAAAUGGCAGUAUGCUCCUCUGGAUUCAUUCAGACAAGCAAUUCAGUCCUGACCUCGCGUCUCAGGCCCUUUGGGGAAUAAUCAAGUAGUAACUGAUGUAAAAUAUUAAUAAAUACAUGUAAAUAAUAAUGCUGACGGAGCCACAAAGCUGCACACGAAGUUUCAUUUGCUUUAUCAUUGACUCUGGACAACGCUGCUUCCUUGGCUGCUCCUCCCUUUACUGUAAUGAGAUACCAUUCUCUUCAUUCUUUACUUACGGGUUGGCCAGUAUGGCUGAGAUAAUUGCAGAAAGAUUCAUGGUUUUUUUUAUGCUGCAGAAAAGUCCAGAGCAAAGACUGGGAGAACAGACAUGCAUUUGUUGAUUCAUUCAGCAAACAUCCCCACGCUCACAGCACAUGGAGGUCAUCAAACCUCCCUCCUGGGAACGUGGUUCCAUUUCUUCUGAGUGCCACAAACCCUCCUUAUAUCCGUGCCCAGGAAGGCCUCUCUUGGCGCCAUGACUCGGCCUGUCUCUGUUUCCUUUGCAGGGCCCUGGCCGCCAGCCUGAGUGCCUACCUCAUGGUGCCUUUUGGCAAGAGGAGACGGUUGAGACUCCCACAGUCCCCCCCCCCCACCUCGAACUUCCAAACCCAGAGACUUCGGAAACGUUGCUGCUCUGCUGUUGUCCUCAGCAAGUCUUCCUGUUUAACAGACUUCUGAAGUAAAGACAAAUCCCACCGGAAUGUUGCAAAUUGGACUUUCAAACUAGGCGGUGUCGUCUUGCCCUGAAAUCUCACAAACCUUGGGCUUCAUAAGAAGAAAAGAAAAUGUCAAUGACCAGAGACAAACGCACUCUCACGUGAGCAUUGGUUUGGCUGCUUCAGGCAGAGACAGCCAGAGACGAUUACGGGCUUUCAGGGAAGGGGCGCAGAGUGGCUGGUUUCUGUACCCCAGAUUGUUUCCUCUCAUUGAGAAACCCAAGCAUGAUUCACAGAGGGGCCAGCAAAACAACUGUCAAAUUGUUUGAGGAAUUUUCUCUGCAUUGAUUUUGCUCAUUCUUAUUUUAGGAUUUAUGGUUUACUCAAAAAUUUCAUCAUCAUGGAAAUUGGCUUUCCCUAGGGUCUUUUGCUCAAGAGAAGUUUUACCUCAGUUGCUGAGUGUUUUUCCACAUGGUGCCUGAUGCCGGCUAUCUAGGGACAGGUUUUCCUGACUUUCUUGGAGAUCCUUCAGGUCAUGACAAUGUUGCUUCUAUCACAGGACACUCAGAUGUUUCUAGAAAUGCAGGGUCCUGUCCCUGUGAAAGCUGUUGAGGUCAGGAAGCUUCCAAGACCCCGCUCAGCACAGUGCCACAUCAACACCAAGGCACAUGCCAGCUCAGGUUCUAGACUGAGACAGGCACCCCUGCGAUGUCCAUCUGCCUCCACAAGCUUUGCCCUGCAAUUGUGCUCUCCUGCCCGCUGCCCAGAGAGGACCAUGGCAGGACCUUAGAAAUAGUUCCCGUCACAGAGCUUUAGGGUGACAGACUCCAAGCAAGGAUUCGAUCGCACUGUUCACUCACUUGGCUCUGAGGGAGGCAUGGUGAGCCUGUUUAAACAAUGCUGGGGGAGUGGAGUGAAAAGCUCCACCUUCUGCCAGCACUUGCCCAGCACCCUUGCUGGGGGUCUGUGGGUGUCAGAGACAGAGAAGUCAAUCUUUGGGGAAGACCCCGCCUUCUCACCUAGGCCCUGGGCCUGUCUCAGAUCUGGAGCUUUGCCUCAUCACCCACUGCAGUCUUUGUCUUACAAGGUCGUGUCACACCCACAGGUCCACAGUAAGCCCCUGGCUCAGAACCGGGUGUGUGUGUUGGGGGGUUGGGGGGGCGGGGCGUGUGGGGGGUGCUGAGGCCCCAGCCACGAGGAAGGUUGCCGUCAGCUCUGCACCUACCUGUGUUACCCUCAGCCUGCUUUGGUCGCCUUUCCAGUGAGCCCUCUGUCAGAGUGGUCGUUUCCACUGACCAGUCAGUUCUUUCUGUCAGCCAUCAGGAUGGUUUGUCUGGUACCUGACCUUUGAAGAGAAACGGGCAGACCCAGGAGCCAGACUCCCUUCUGAGACAAGUGAGAAAGGAUUGAGAACGUCUUUCCUAUUAGAAGAAUGGACCUUCUAAUUCUGGAGAGAACUGGUGAUUUUGCUUUAUAGGAGAUUGCAGGGGGGGCCCAGGCCCACCAGUUGAGAAGCAGCUUGAGCACUCUGCAUGUAAGACAUGAGGGACGUUCCGAAUUAGAAGACAUAGCCGUAGUCAUUUCAGGCUGUUCUGUAAAUGGGGAUUUGUUCACUCAUUGGAGCUUAAAUGGCAAUAUAAAGGGUGGCGGGAAGUCACAGCAUCUUCUGUUCUAUCAGCAAAUGUUAGGAGUUUUGUUUCCCUUCCCCCACACACACUUUUUUAAUGACUUGGGCUUUCUGGUCAGCACGGUUUGGCCCCGUCACUCAGACUCAAGACUGGUGCUGAGUUGCUUUUUCAUAUUUGCACAGUCCCCAGACCUCAUCCUUGCAGGGAAAGGCAUUGCAUGUUCCUGGGCUCCAGAUCCCAUGGAGGCUCUGACGGGAAGUAGCUUCUAGGAGAACAUUUCAUCUUUAGACUCUAGAAACCCCCGAUGCAGAACCCUUGGAUUUAGUAGAAAUGUCAGGACUUGGAAGUCGUAAUGAACUCACUGGACUUCUGCUCCAUGAUUCCAUUUUACCACCAAGAACCAGUCCUGACCCUGCAGUGAGAAAUUCAGUUGGCAAGUAACUAGACCCUCCUGUCAUCCCUAAUGACUUAAACAACUCUGUGACCCCAGAUUAUAGCCAGCAAUUUUGUGACUGGAGCUUUUCCCGAAACCACUAUUCUCAGUAUCAGCUUUGGUUUGGAAAUUUGGAAUGGGGUAAUAGGGAAUCUGGUAAACAGGUUGGCUUGGAAUCACAUGGGCUUGAAUCAUUUUUGUUAUUUGGGGUGGAAAAUUGAAACGAUGGAGUCUUUUUUUUUUUUUUUGCUGUUCACGUAGAAAAGCAAAUAUUGUGCUUUUGUAAUAAAUGCCUUUCAGCAAAAUUGCAGAGGGUCACUCAUCCGGUGAGACCCACCUGAGUCACAGUGCUGACUCGUCACAUUAGUAGGUCAGCUAUCUGUAAACAAAAGUGGCCCUAAUUGGCCCAAAAUGGAUAAGACUUGCUGGCUUCCAGGCAGGACCGGACCAGUUCCCUCACUUCUCUGCACGCUGAUGUUCUGUAGUCUCACUGAAUAGGUUUUUGUAUUUAAAAAAAAAUAGUAAUGCCACAAAAUUAUGACUUUU